GCUGCGGAGAGACUGACGCCCUCUGGACACAGUGGACACUUGAGCGGCGGCAGAGGCAACACCAUCCUGGAGAAGUUCAAAGAGAAAACAGCCACUCUCCCUCCGAAAAAAGAAUAGUCUCGGACUCGUUAACGGCGUUGUGGUGUUUCCAGUGCCGUGCUGGUGAGCUGUCAGGAUGAGGCCUGGUCAGCUGAUCCUCCCCGCCGCCGCCGCUCUCCUCUUCCUCCUAUCGGGACUGUCUCUGACCUCCGGCUGCAACAAAGCCCUCUGUGCGAGCGACGUCAGCAAGUGUCUCAUCCAGGAGCUGUGCCAGUGUCGUCCAUCUGAUGGGAACUGUUCCUGCUGUAAAGAGUGCAUGUUGUGUCUGGGGAACCUUUGGGAGGAGUGCUGCGACUGCGUGGGGAUGUGUAACCCCAAGAACUACAGCGACACUCCGGCCACGUCAAAGAGCACCGUGGAGGAGCUGCACCGUCCCAUCCCCUCGCUGUUCCGCGCCCUCACAGAGGGCGACGCACCGAUCAACAUGAUGGUGGUGUCCUUCCCCGUCGCCGAGGAGCUCUCCCAUCACGAGAACCUGGUGUCCUUCUUGGAGUCGCUCGACAGCCAGCCUCAGAACGUCUCCUUGCCGAGCAACAGUAUCCACGCCAGCUACGACACACAAGAAAACAUGUGCACGGUGGUCUACUUUGACGACUGCGUGUCUAUCCGUCAGUGUAAACUAUACUGUGAGUCAAUGGGAGGAUCCAAGUACCGCUGGUUUCACAACGCCUGCUGCCAGUGCAUCGGACCCGAGUGUGUAGACUACGGCAGCAAGGCUGUGAAGUGCAUGAACUGUCUCUUCUGAAUUGUGGGCACAUAUUGGUACCAAAUGUCUGGGCCAUACCAGAGGACUGAGGGCAGAGGAAACUAUGACUGUUAUGUGUUAGCAUUCCUCAGUUACCUUGUAAAAUACCCCCUACACCCCUCCUCCUACUCCAGCAAAUUGUUUUUAUUCUGCUGUUAUGUUUCACUGUAUAUUUUUAGAUAUGUUUUCAAUAGUGUUUUUUACUAGAGGUGUAUAUGAAUAACGUAUUUUUACAAUUAUGGUCUGCUAAAUCCCAGUCGCAUGCCAAAUAAAGAAAUGUUUGGUGACAA